AGCGACUGCAGAGAGGUCUGAGCGGUACCAUGGGGGAGACCGGAGGGGACGUCAACUCCAACCUCAUCCUCCCCAGCUCCACCGGCGACCCCGACCUCGACCUCGCUCUCUGCCAAUGGCUGCGCUGGGAUAAGAAUCCAAAGACCAAAGCCCAGAUAGAGACGUUGCUCCAGAAUGGGAAGAACAAGGAGCUCCGUGAGCGUUUGUGCUGCCGCAUGUCGUUUGGCACCGCGGGUCUGCGCUCUGCUAUGGGCGCCGGCUUCAGCCGCAUCAAUGAUCUGACCAUUAUACAGACCACCCAGGGAAUGUACCACUACUUGGAGAGGAGUUUCCCCGAUCUGAAGAAGAAGGGCCUUGUGAUUGGAUAUGACACACGAGGUCAGGUGACCAGCAACAGCAGCAGUGUCAGGUUUGCCAAACUCACAGCCGCUGUUCUCCUGAGCAAAGGGGUCCCGGUGCACCUUUUCUCCAGAUAUGUCCCCACUCCUUUCGUGCCCUACGCUGUGCACAAACUGAGAGCAGUAGCCGGGGUCAUGGUCACAGCGUCGCACAAUCGUAAGGAGGACAAUGGCUAUAAGGUGUAUUGGGCAAACGGGGCCCAGAUCACAUCACCCCAUGACAAGGAAAUCCUGAAGUCCAUAGAGCAACAUGCAGAGCCGUGGGACCAAUCCUGGCAGGAGAAUCUGCCCGACAGCAGCCCCCUGGCUAGAGACCCCCUGCAGGAGAUAAGCAGGAGUUACAUGGAGGAUCUGGAGUCACUUUGUUUCCACAGGCACCUCAAUACAAAGACACCCCUAAAGUUUGUUCACACGUCCUUUCACGGCGUCGGCCACGAUUACGUUCAGGCAGCAUUCAAAGUCUUCGGAUUCAGCCCUCCCUUUCCAGUCCCCGAGCAAAAAGAUCCUGAUCCCGACUUCUCCACGGUGAAAUGCCCGAAUCCAGAGGAAGGCGAAUGCGUCCUGGCGCUGUCUCUCAGGCUUGCAGAGAAGGAAGGUGCCCGGGUUGUGGUGGCAACUGAUCCAGAUGCCGACAGACUGGCAGUUGCUGAAUUGCAGGACAUGGGCCGCUGGAAGGUCUUCACUGGCAAUGAGUUGGCUGCACUGCUGGGCUGGUGGAUGUUCUACUGCUGGAAUAAGUCCUGCUCUGAUAGAUCUGAUGUGAGUGAUGUUUAUAUGCUGGCGACUACUGUGUCCUCUAAUAUCCUGCACUCUAUUGCCAGCAAAGAAGGCUUCAACUAUGAGGAAACCCUUCCUGGAUUUAAAUGGAUAGGAAACAGGGUGAAAAGUCUCCUGGAUGAGGGGAAAACCGUUGUAUUCGCAUUUGAAGAAUCUAUAGGCUUUAUGUGUGGAACGUCCGUGCUGGACAAAGAUGGAGUGAGCGCUGCUGUGGUUGUGGCAGAAAUGGCCGCCUUUCUGGACAGUAACAGUGUGACCCUGGAGCAGCAGCUGGAGAAAAUCUAUGAAACAUAUGGUUAUCACAUUUCAAAGACCUCCUAUUUCUUGUGCUACGACCCUGUGACCAUCAGAAGGAUAUUUGAGCAUCUGCGGAACUACAACGGGCCAAAGAGAUACCCCGAGUUCUGCGGGCCAUACGGCAUCCUUCAUGUUCGAGAUGUGACCACGGGCUACGACAGCAGCCAGCUGAAUAAGAAAUCUGUCCUGCCGGUGAGUAAGAGUAGCCAGAUGGUCACCUUCACCUUUCAGAACGGAUGUAUUGCCACCCUGAGAACCAGCGGCACGGAGCCCAAGAUAAAGUACUAUGCUGAGAUGUGCGGAACCCCAGGCCGAGGAGAAAAGUCUUUCUUGGAAGAAGAGCUGAAGAAGGUCAUUGAUGCCCUGGUGGAGAACUUCCUGGAACCGAGCAGGAACGGCCUGAUCUGCCGCUGUGUGUAAAGACUUCUUUAUCUCAAAUAAUUCCCCAACCAAAGCACGCCAUCCCUGUGUCGGUAAUAUUACGGCGUCCGCACCUUACAAAGACUAAAAUGAAAUGGCGAUUACCAUUAGUAAUUGGUUCCUGUCUUGGCUAAGCCAUAGGGUGUCCCAACUACUGACAGCAGUAAUGUACCUGCUCCUAGCUGGGCGGCCCUUAAUACCCCAAGAGAACUCUUUAUAAGCUGAAGAGCGGACGGAGGGGAAUUUCUACUCCCGCAAUUGCCCUUGAUAUUACUCGGAGCUCGCUCUUUUUGUAUUUGUCUUUGACCAAAUCAUCUACAACAUCUUGUUCAAGAGCUUGAUGUUCUGUAUGUGUUGCACUAAGCCCUCAGCCUGGCAGGAGUCGCAGAGGGCCCCAUUGCUCUCCCUGUCCUGUUAGGUGGCGCGGGGGACAGAGUAAACCAAACGGUUACAAUCUUGAUCAUUGUCUUUCUGUUUUGCCUUUUUCAUGUUAAUUUAUUAUUAUUUUUUUAUAUACAUGUUAUAAGAUGUAUAAAUAUUCUGUACAGGA